UGAAAUAAAUAACGCUCUGUUCCCCUCAGUUUAAGACCCUUUUCUCUAUUUUCGCUGUCGGUUCUGUUCCCACUUUGGAAUCAAAAAACAUCCAGGAAUGUGUACAUAGCUGAACUCCCUGGUCAGGAUCACCCGCAUGAAGAGGGAGAUGAAUUUACAGAGGGGUGAAGGAAGAGCGCCGACUCAAGGAGAUCCCAGAGGGACCUCAGAGAUUUUAAGACUCUAGAAUAUAAAGAGACUUUAAAAGGGCAAAAGUUGAGGACCAGUUCGGAGCAGAGGAAGCUGCGUUCGCGUGAUGCAGCCAGAUGUAGGCGGAGUCAGGAGACGGAGGUGUUUUAUGAGCUCGCCCGCACUCUGCCACUCCCACGUCGAGUCUCCACUCACCUGGACAAGUCUGCCAUCAUGAGGGUCUCCCUCAGCUUCCUGUGGCUGCAACGCCUCCUCCGACCCGGAGGUGAGAAGCAGAAAGAGGAAGUGAAGGAAGAGGAGACGGAGAAGAAGGAGGAGGAGGAGGAGGACGAGGAGGAGGAGGAGGAAGGAGAUCCAAUGGACUCUUUCUAUCCUCAGGCGCUGGCUGGCUUCAUCAUGGUGAUGACUGAGGAGGGAGACAUGAUUUAUCUGACGGAGAACGUCAACAGACACAUCGGCAUCACACAGCUGGAGCUGCUGGGUCAGAGUAUUUACGACUUUGUUCACCCCUGUGAUCAAGAGGAGCUCAGAGAUCUGCUGACUCCACGUCCAGGUUUGAGUAAGAAGCCGCUGUCAGAACAGCCGACCGAGAGGAACUUCUUCCUACGAAUGAAGAGCACUCUGACCAGCAGGGGGCGCACCGUCAACAUCAAGUCUGCAACCUGGAAGGUUCUUCACUGCACAGGUCACGUGCGUCCAUUUGGCGGCGGAUCCACGUCGCCCCCUGCUGCGCGGGUGAUGACUCUGCUGUGUGAGCCCAUCCCUCACCCCUCCAGUGUGGAGUUCCCUCUGGACACCUGCACCUUCCUCACCCGCCACAGCAUGGACCUGCGCUUCACACACUGCGAGGGCAGGGUGACAGAGUUGGUGGGAUACAAGCCCGAUGAUCUGAUUGGCCGCUCGGCUUAUGAGUUUCAUCACGCGCUCGACUCAGAUCACGUCAACAAGAGCCUGCACACACUGCUGUCCAAAGGUCAAGUGAACACCAGCCACUACCGUUUCCUGGCAAACAGCGGUGGCUUCGUCUGGGCCGAGACUCAGGCGACCGUCCUCUACAGCAGCAAGACGUCACAGCCCGAGGCCGUCGUCUGCCUUAACUUCAUACUCAGUGCCGUGGAGCAGCCAGACGUUGUUUUCUCCGUCGAGCAGAUCCGAUGUGGUCAGGCUAAAACACACACACCAGCAGAGUGUGGGGCAGACAUCGAUGACUGUAAACCUGACAUUGACCCUCUCACCGACGUCACUCAGACUGAGGACGCAGCUUCAGAUUCAAGCAGCUCUGCAGAUCUCUUCCUCAAACUGAAGGAGCAGCCAGGGGAGCUCCUCCAGUUGGCUCCUGAAGCUGGAGACGUCAUUGUGCCGCUGACAGAUUUUGUCGAGCUGUCGUUCUUCAGCGGGUCCAGUCCAGACUCUGUGCCGGACCACCCCCAGGAUCUGUGCACUCCACAGCUGCGACAGCUCCUCUCACCCAUCUUCAACCCCAUCUCUCCACCUGUGUCAUUACUAUCACCAGUCUCCUCACUUGAUCCUGAGCCGAGCUCACCCUCUGAGGAGGUGAUGGACACCAGUGAGGUGGAGAAGUUCUUUGCAAUUUGCCCGGAAGAUGUUCAGAAGAAAGGAGACGCAAAGGACGACAUGGAGGGGAUGGAUCUGGAGAUGUUGGCUCCUUACAUCUCCAUGGACGAUGACUUCCAGCUCACCUUCCUCAGCGGUUUGCCUGAGGAAUCAGACAAACCCUCGUCUGAUUCCUCAGCUGGGACAUCUGCAGUCCCUCUGAGCAGGAAACGGACUCACAUCCCAGACGAGGAGCUGUUGUCCCAUCUGAUGAUUCAGGACAAGAGACAGAAACAAGAAGCUUCCUCAAUAGAAGAGGAACUUCUGCUCAGCCACAGAUUACUGGGCUGUCUGGAUGAAACCGACCAAUCAGAUUUGGUCCUGGACCCGCGACCUGGAGGGCGGAGUCGGCUGCUCACAGACAGAGACCCACUGUUAGGAGGCAUACAGGGACUCUGUGAUACUGCAGCUCUGAUGCGGGACAUUUUCAUACCUCGCCCACCUGACCUGUCGCCACCUCUCUCGCCCAUGACCUGAUCUUCUUUUCCGAUCACGAGUUGGCUCGACUUCCAUGCUCAAAGCGGGAAAGUCAGUGCCGGAUCUGUCUGAAAACACAGCAACCUGAGCGCACACAUACAAACGCAACACACCACAAACACGUACGCACACGAACAGAAAAACACACACGCUGCGUAACCAUGAUGUGAGGCCAGACGUGACCUCGUUGCUUGUAGCUGAACCAGGAAAGUCACUUAUGUUGGGAUGUUGAGUGACGUGUUGUAAGGCAGGUGGGAGGUGCUGUUAACCUAAAGCUGCCCAGUUGCUUCAUCUGUCCUGAUUUAUAGUGAGAAUCCAUCAUUGUUCUCAGCCUGUUUCAUGGAAACAGCUGGCGGUGCUAAAAUUUUAAUGCAAUAGACGUGAAAGACAAAAUCGUGAGACAAGUCUGGAAAAGUAUUUCUCUGAGCAGCUAAAUUUAAUCAGUUUUGAAUUUAAACAUUACCUGUGCUUCGAUCAUCAUUUAAACAUGUAAAUCCUGCACACGAACUCCCACAAUGCUCUGCUUUGAGCCAACAUCCGUCAAAUCUGAAACAGCUUUCUGCUGUUUGUGUUUUUCCAGAUUACACCAACAAACAAAACAUCAGUGGCAUCGUUUAUUUCAGUGGCAUAUUUUUACGUCUUUUUAUAUUCUUGUGCUAAAACCUUUUUACACUGCGCGUUUAUCAGGAAGAAGAUUUCUGAACUGAUAUUACUGUGAUAUCGAAAAAACCCUGAGUCGAGGGUCGUUUGUUUUAAUCUUCCUGACGUGCCGGGUGGGUGGGGUUUACCUCAUCUAACACUCCUUAUAAGCUAAUGUGAUGCUAUGAGUCACAGGUGACAUCACCAUGACUAUGGAAUAUUUGGUGAGUCCUUUCAGUCUGGCAACAAAACGGACUUAAACAACCAUAAAUUAUGCAGAUUUGAUUUGUCCUUUUUAUGAUCGUUUUAAAUCUAUAAUCUAAUUAACUCGUAGUACUGAAGCCAUUAUCAUUUAUGAGAAACAAUAGAGUCAGCUUGUUUAUAUACCCAUUCAAAUGUAGUUCAACACUAGUAUUCAUGUUAUUUGAUUAGUUUGAUAGUAUCGAGUUUGAAUUUUAUGACUUGGAAGAAAUCGGGCCUCAGCGUGUGAGCUGAGAGUUGAAGGUUUUAUUUUUAAGUUGUAGUGUUUGAUGAAAUAUUGUGAUGCUUGUGAUCUGUCUGAGACGUGGAGGGUUGUUUUUGUUAUUUUCUACAUCUGAAAACUGCCCGUCAUGCUUCAACGUAAAACAUGUUCACUCUUCCAAAGUUCUCUGUGCCUUUAUCAUCCAGUGAAAGACAUUUCAUUGAAUGUUAUCUUUUAUUUUUACUGUUUAUCCUUACCUGUAAUCUUCAGCCAAAUAAAAAGACGUUGAAGCAAAA